AUGUAUUCUUCGGCUGAAUUUAACUUAGUAUUCUACAAUUUUAUUUUCCGAAACAUCGGCGUUCGAAACAUAGCCGUUAAUUUUUUGUUAUUUUAGCACCCAAGCGCGGUAUCCAGCAAGAAGACGGCGUCCAACCGGCAGCCGCAGAGUCUCGCGAAUCGUGUGCCGUUACCAAAGACAACGGCAGAGAGGGCCGUCCUGAAAAAAACCGCGUCGACGGCUUACCCGGACGACAUUUCGGUAGUGUGGCAACACGGCGAGGCGGCCAGCUCGGUGAACAGCAGGGCCCAUGACUUCGACUCGAUACCGUCUAGCAUGUACCAGUGGUCGGAAUACGGUGACGGGGACGCCGCGAGCUCCGUGUCACAAAAUUGCCAGCCGUCGAGGUCUUCCCAGAACGUGGUAAAAAGCGCGGCUAAGAAAUCAACCGCUAAAUGUCCAAAAUUGAACGAGAACAAGAACGCGUUCGAUAACCUAUGGGCGGUGACCGAUGACCCCUUCAAGUUUGCGAAGGUCAAAAAACAGAGCAAAGCUAAAAAACAACAACAGAUUUUUAAUGUUUACACGUCCGACCAGCCGAAAGCCUCCGCCCCUAGAGGAUCCGCAGUCUCGUCAUCGUACAUCAACCGACAAAAGAAACUCCAGGAAACCCAGGCAGUCAACAGGGGUUUAAUCAAAAAGUUAUUACAAGUCAAAUCGACAAUUACGAGAUUCCGGUAUGUAAUCAUACUACUAUAA